GUGAGGGCUAUAGUAUAAUUGAAUCACUUUUUGAAAUAGUUAAAAAAACUGAACCGUUAGAACGAUUCACAAAAAUGAUUCAGUCUUCUCAACACUUCUCGCUUCGUGUUGUCACACAGUCCUGUGGUUGUGAGACGAGGGCACGCGUACGGUGUGUGAGAACAGCAGCAUGAGUUCUGUUCGGAUCAAACGGCAGAUUUCUCUGGCGUGUCCGUGAUUCCUGACAGAAGAUCAUGGCCACAGAAGAACAUUAUUACUCUGAUCACGCCAUUGAUAUAGAGAGUCCAGCUGAUGAAGAUGGUGUUCACGAUUCAUUCAGUCAGCUGAUCAGAGAACAGAGUCAUGAACUUAAUGCUGAUGUCAUAGAGAUGAACCCAAUUUACCUGGAGGACGAAGAUGAUUUUGUGGGUCUAGAAGAUUCGCCGUAUACUCCAACUGAAGAAUACGGUGAUGGACAGCAGCCGACGGAUAACUUGAUUGGAGAACGCUGGUCGUCUGACACGCUCAGAGUUCUGUCCUCUAUGCCCAGUCGAACCAUCGGUCGCAGUCGUGGGGCAAUCAUAUCUCAAUAUUAUAGCCGCACAAUGCAACUGCGCAGACGCAGGCAGAGUAGACCCUCUAUUCAGCACCUUCCUCGAUCUGCACGUCCCAGCAUCCGUGGCUAUCGUGUUGAAUCGGAUGGAGCCGGUUUUGACGAUGGAGAGAGUAAGAGGGACCGUUUGGUGAAUAAUCUGCAGAAUCUACCUGUUAGUGAUCGUGUUCGUAUGUUGAAAGCGAUGCCUUUGAGUCUAGCUGAAAAGAAAGAGCUCAGGAUGUUGGCGAUGAAUAAAGCAGAGCACUCACUGUCUACGAGUCAAAUCCCCUGCUGUAGCCAGCUCAAAUAUUACAUCAUCAUUGCGGUGAAACACGGCUGGUACAGCUGGUUGUCUUUUCUGUCAUCACUGCAGUUGUGGCAGACGGCUUUAAAGCGUGUUAGCGGUCGUUUUGGGACGGGCGUUCUCUCAUACUUUGUCUUUCUCAGAACUCUUCUUUUCUUCAACUUCUUUCUGUUCCUGGUCACGGGUUUGCUUCUGGUUGUUCCUCAGGCUGUGACACAUCAGGGACGGGCCCAGGACAGAGCCGUGAGGAGCACCUGGGGUCUUGAAGUCCUCACAGGGGCUGGUUAUUUUUCAGAGUCUCUGCUGUAUUAUGGUUACUAUAGUAACUACACACUGAACAAUGCCUCUGAAUCUGUCAAUCAGUCAGACAGCAGGACAUAUAUACAGUCUUAUAACAUGCCUCUGGUUUACUUCUUUACCAUCGGUAUGGCGUUCUUCAUUACCUGCAUCAUCCUCGUCUACACUAUGUCAAAGUCAUUCGGGCAGAGUUUUCGUAUUGAUAAAUCUAAAGGACUGUUGGCCAUCAAACUUUUUAGCUCCUGGGAUUUUAAAGUGAGCAAGAAAUCUUCAGUUCGACUUCAAAGUGAGAACAUUGGCACGCAGCUCAAAGAGUUGUUGGCGGAAGCGAAUCGUCAGGAGUCGGAGGUUCCUGCUCUUCAGCGAUUUUGCCGGCUUUUAAUUCAUAUGUUGGCGUGGAUCAUGUGUUUAGGAAGCAUAGUGGCGUGCGUUCUUGCAGUGUAUUACUUCUCAGAAUAUAUACACAAGGAUCUGAUGAUUGGUGCUCAGUCAAAAUCCACUGAUAAUUUGUUACUGAAAGAAGCGCGACUGUUGGCUCUUCCUGUCGUUGUAUCGAGCAUCAAUUUCCUCCUGCCGGGUUUCUUCAACGCUGUGGCCUGGAUGGAGGAAUAUGAUUCUCCCAGUGUGCUCAAUUAUAUCUCCAUUAGCAGGAAUCUGCUAUUGAAAGCGAGUGUGUUGGGUGUGCUGUGUUAUCAUUGGUUGGGCCAGGUGGCAUCAAAACCUAAGGAUUUGAAAUUAGAGUGUUGGGAGAGUUUUGUAGGACAGGAGUUGUACCGUUUCUUACUGAUGGACUUCAUCUUCACCCUGCUCGACACCUUCUUUGGAGAGUUUCUGUGGAGGUUGUUUUCCCAGAAAGCUUUAAAGAGGAAAAGGAAGCCCGUGUUUGAUAUCGCCAGGAAUGUUCUUGAGCUCAUCUAUGGACAAACUCUUGCCUGGUUGGGUGUCCUGUUCUCUCCUCUCCUGCCAGCUGUUCAGAUUAUUAAACUACUGCUGCUCUUCUACAUUAAAAAUGUCAGUCUGAUGAUGAACUGUCAGGCGUCUGGGAAGCCCUGGCGUGCCUGUCAGAUGACCACUAUCUUCAUCACCCUGCUGUGUUUCCCAUCAUUCCUCAGUGCUGCUGUCUGUGUCACAUACACUAUGUGGACGAUACAACCGUCCAACAACUGCGGUCCAUUCCGGGGUUUGAAGACCAUGUUUCAGGCAGGAAAAAUUUGGGUUAAAAAGUUGGCCGAAUCGAACAAAAAUCUGUCCUGGCUCACCUGGGUGCACACAUACCUGGUGGAAAACCCACUCUUUCUCUUCAUGUUGGCUGGCAUCUUCCUGAUAGUGAUUUACUUCCACAGUCAGGUGGUUGAUGGACAGAGAAAGGUCAUUGAAUUACUUCAGGAGCAAAUCGAAAAUGAGGGAGAAGAUAAAAAGUUUCUCAUCACACGACUGCAGGACAUUCAUGAACGGAGACGAACUGUCUCACCGCGCCGUGAGAGAGACCACUGAGAACUAUUCAUGAGAUGAACAAGACCAUCAUGAACUGAAGAUUUCUGCUGAUCAAAAUCUAAAAGCAAACUGGAAAUGGCAGGAAAACUGUGGAUAUGAUGAGAUCACAUAGAGGAACAGAGAGAUGUAUGCUGAGUCACUGUUCAUUCAGUGAUGCUUUACAUGAAUAAACAGACAUCCAGAAAAGAUGCUGAUGAUGAUGAUGUGAUUGACAGCUCACAUACUCUAUAUACUGUACAUAAUAAUAUAGAUUUACUGUAUAUUCCUCAGAGAAUGAUCAGGGUCAACCAAUGGUAAAGAAAGGCUAUCCAGAUAUUGGUUUGGAAGGUUGGUUAAUUAGUAAACCUGUGAAAAUUUACCCUGUUGUAUCUUGCCGUUUUAAUUUUACUGUGAACAAAGGGAAUAUUUAAUACUCUUUAGCUAACUGGACUUUUUACUGGACUCAUUUUAAUAAACUUUUUUUACAAUAAA